AUUCCCGCCCCCAGGCUUGCAGCUCUGGAAAUUCCCAUUUGGCUGGGCACCCUAGACCUAGAUCCAAGAAGCUAGAAAAGCGAGGCUCAAACCGCCACCACUUAGAGAAGCCAACAUUAAAAGCAGUGAAUUUCUUCAGGAGUCCAGCUCCGGAGUCCGGGAGCUCUUUUAAUGAGUUGGGCCAUGCUGGUGGCACUUCUGACCUCCGGGCCCUGGGGGGCGCUGUUAUCACCGUGUGGCCUUUUGGCCCUGACAAUUCACUGCGCAAGCGCGUUCUGGCAUUUUAACCGUACCCACGUGUGAGCCUUCCCAGCAACUUUUUCGAGAGAAAAAUGCCUAAAUUCAAGGCGGCCCGUGGGGCCGGGGUUCAGGAAAAACAUUCGCCCUUGGCUGAACAAAUCUUGGCUGGGAAUGCGGUGCGGCCAGGGGUCCGGGAAAAGUGGCGGGGUCGCGGAACCGGAGAAGAGGAGGAAGAGUACGUGGGGCCCCGGCUGAGCCGACGGAUUCUGCAGCAAGCACGGCAGCAACAGGAGGAGCUCGAGACCGAACAUGGGACCGGGGACAGGCCCGCGGCGCCGCGGGCGCGCACCACCCGGCUGGGUCUGGGAGUGCCACAGGAUGGAUCAGGUGAUGAGGACGAGGAGUGGCCCACCUUGGAGAAGGCUGCCACUAUGACAGGGGUGAGCCACCAUGAAGAGGUGAUCGUGGACCCUGAGGAUGAGCGUGCCAUUGAGAUGUUCAUGAACAAGAACCCUCCUGCCAGGCGCACCCUGGCUGACAUCAUCAUGGAGAAGCUGACUGAGAAACAGACAGAAGUUGAGACAGUCAUGUCAGAGGUGUCGGGCUUCCCUAUGCCCCAGCUGGACCCCCGAGUCCUGGAGGUCUACCGGGGGGUCCGGGAGGUGUUAUCUAAGUACCGCAGUGGGAAACUGCCCAAGGCAUUUAAAAUCAUUCCCGCACUUUCCAACUGGGAGCAAAUCCUCUACGUCACAGAGCCUGAGGCCUGGACUGCAGCUGCCAUGUACCAAGCCACCAGGAUUUUUGCCUCUAACCUGAAGGAACGCAUGGCCCAGCGCUUCUAUAACCUUGUCCUGCUCCCUCGGGUACGAGAUGACAUCGCUGAAUACAAACGACUCAACUUCCACCUCUACAUGGCACUGAAGAAGGCCCUUUUCAAGCCCGGAGCCUGGUUCAAAGGGAUCCUGAUCCCGUUGUGCGAGUCAGGUACUUGUACUCUUCGGGAAGCCAUCAUCAUAGGAAGCAUCAUCACCAAGUGCUCCAUCCCUGUGUUGCACUCCAGUGCGGCCAUGCUGAAAAUUGCCGAAAUGGAAUACAGCGGUGCCAACAGCAUUUUCCUGCGACUACUGUUGGAUAAGAAAUACGCACUGCCCUACCGAGUGCUGGAUGCACUAGUUUUCCACUUUCUAGGGUUCCGAAUGGAGAAGCGUGAACUGCCCGUCCUGUGGCACCAAUGCCUCCUGACUCUGGUCCAGCGCUACAAGGCAGACUUGGCAACAGAGCAGAAAGAGGCCCUCCUAGAACUGCUCCGGCUGCAGCCCCACGCACAACUCUCCCCUGAAAUUAGGCGUGAGCUUCAGAGCGCAGUCCCCCGAGACGUGGAAGGUGUUCCCAUCACCAUGGAGUGAGGAAAGCAGCCACCUGUCCUGGUCCAAGUGACAUGGGAAGACACCCUGUUGGUGACUAAAGACUUAAUGGUUAAAGACCCUGAUGUGGGCAGUGACCGGUCACAGGCAUCUACAGCUCUCGGUCUAAGACACAGAGGACUGAGGAUCUGGCUGGCUCCCUCUUCCGUUCUUGGCCGUUCCUGCUGUUCUGGGACUUGACUUGAGAUUCCAUACCCCAGCAUUCCCACUCCCCAGCUGGGACUUGGUUUUAAGUCCUUUCUCAGGGGCUAUUGUGUCAGAUCACUGUGGAUAAAAGCAAAGGCAGGUAUUUAUUGAAGCUCUGUAUUUGGCAUAGUCAAUGGAGAUCUUUCACUUUUCCCUCUUCAGCUUGAGGUGGGAAUAUCUCUUCCCUGUUAUUGUCUCUGAAGUGGAUUUUUGCCCGGUCUACAUAGGACCUACCCUUACCACCCGCAUUAAUCUGUAAGUUUCUUUCUCCAGGGUAGGCUCACUUUGUUAUCCCCUCAGGGCACAUCUGCCUUCCCUGACUGACACAGGCUGCUUUGGUGGGAUACCAGCAACCAGAAGCAGGUUGUCCAAAGAUGUUCCUGUCUCAGCUGUGUAUGAAAGGACUACAAGAGAAAGCCUUUCCUUGAGGAAAGCGGAGAUAAAGAGGCAAGAAAUGUCAGUGAAUUAGGCUGGGCCUAGGAAUGGUUAGAUCUGGGCUCAGCACCCAAGUUCCCUUUCAAGCUUUUCAAUGAAAGCUUUAGGCUGUUGGUUGGCAAACUAGGGCCAAAUGUCUGUUUUGUGUGGCCUACAAGCUAAGAAUGACUUUUAUUGAAAUGAUUGGGGAAAAAAUUAAAAGGACAAUAUUUUAUGAUAGGUGGGAACUACAUGAAA